CGUCGCCAAGAAGAGGAAAAGCGCCGCCAGGAAGAAGAAAAAUGUCACCAGUUAUUCCGCCUCACAGUUACUAGAAGAGACGCCACAUAUGAGUGGUAUAAAGACCGAGUGGAAACAAGGAUUGAAGACACAUGCCUGUGGUUCCUUCAGCACGAGUAUUUCCAGGAGUGGUUAAAACAGGAAUCGGACCCGCUGCUGGUAUCAGCAGAUCCUGGCUGUGGAAAAUCUGUGCUGGCCAAAUAUCUGGUUGACGAGGUCCUUCCACGAUCAGACUCUACUAUCUGCUACUUUUUCUUUAAGGAUCAAGACCAGAAUACCGUCCGGCAAGCCCUUUGCGCACUGCUUCACCAGCUCUUCACCCAAAAGCCAUGUCUAAUUAAACAUGCUGUAGUGGAACAUCGCAAGGAUGGGAUGGGGUUAAUCAACUCUACAAGAACACUUUGGAAUAUCUUACAAAAUGCAAUCACAGACCCCCAGGCAGGAUCUAUAAUUAUAGUCCUUGACGCCCUAGAUGAAUGUGCUGAGUCCGACUUUGCGGACCUGAUGCACAAUGUGGAGAGCCAUUUCCGCAACGACCAGAGUGGGAAGGUUAAAUAUCUUCUUACAUGCCGUCCAUAUGAGGCGAUUUUAUCCAAGUUCUAUAACCUGCAGAGUGCUUUUCCAAAAAUCCAUAUACCAGGAGAGGAGGGGUCAGAAGCUAUUGGCCGCGAGAUAAAUCAUGUUAUUCAACAUCAGCUUAACCAGCUAUCAAGAACAAAAAACCUCUCACCUGAAAUUACUGCCUAUUUAAAAACAAGGCUGCAGGAUACUGCCCACCGUACCUAUCUCUGGGUAUAUCUUAUAUUUGAUUACUUAAAAAGGGAAAACUUCAAAAAGACCUUACCAGCAGUGCAGUCUCUUCUAAUACUUCCACAAAACGUUAAUGAAGCAUACGAGAAGAUACUUGAUAGGCAACCAUUAACGGUGGCCGAAAUGAACGUGGCUCUGAAUAUUGACAUAUCAUCACUGACUCUUGACCUUGAAAGAGAAGAGGACUUUAAGUCACGCCUCAGAUCUUGGUGUGGAUUGUUUAUUUCAAUUCAUCACGACAAGAUAUACUUCCUUCAUCAAACUGCUCGAGAGUUUCUUCAAGGAUCGUCGUCACUUGCAACCAUUCCGGCCAAACCUAAACGUUGGCAACACUCCAUAAGUUACCGUGAAGCACACGCUGUGCUUGCGGACAUCUGUCGAGCUUAUGUU